AUGGCAAGUCAACGACAAGACGACGUCCUCCUUGUCGGAGGUAGUGCCGGCAUCGACAAUCCCAUCACCAUCGACGACGGUGACGAUGAUAACGACGUUGUGUACAUUGCCAGGCGUGCCCGCCAGUUCGAAGAGGAAACCCGGGCGGGUCAAGAAAUCCUGCGGCGGAUCGAGGAGGUGCUGGAGGACGGGGUCGCUGAAGUGAUCGACCUGACCGGGGAUGGAAACCGCGUGGUGCCGUCUCGCGCGGCGUCGGUGAGGCCCUUGGCCUCGGUCGAGGACGAGGAGCGUGAACUCAACAGCUUCCUCCUCAGCGAUGGGUCUGAGGUACGCCCUGGCCUCACCGUGGAGCUGGAGAUCCCCAUCGGAAAAUUCAACAGCACAUUCGUCCGCGUCAAGACCAUCGUCCAACCCCGAUCCAGCUCGGAGGUUGAGAUCCGCGGCUUGGGGCUCACCCGAAUCCGCGAACUAGAGGGCUUACUCUCAACCAACGAGAAGCGGAACGAACUUGUCGUCGUCGAGGAAGUCCGGCCGUUUAGCCCCGAUCAUUGGGAGAGACAAGGGUUGGUGAGCGUCAGCCCCAGCCAGAUCGAGAAGCUCAGGAGAAUGAGGAUGACAAACGCGCCAUUCCCGCAGCAUCGUUUCAAUCCCGAUCUCAAGAAGAAGGGAAGAGCGUGGCUAGAGGAACACGGGCUCCUCGUUUGCCGGCACUGGUACCGGCUGCUCUACAACAGCAGCAAACGCGAUAGGCCGACCGAGCAUGUUCUCAGAAAUCUGACCGAGAAAGAAGCCGAUGGAGACUACACCGCAUCCGAUUCCAUCAAGCUGAUCCAGUGGAGGGGCGGCAGGACUCCCGGCGGCUCCCAUAUCCCCGGGCAAACCGGCCCUCCUGUGAUCGACCUCGAAGCCACGGCUUCUGACCCGCCCGCGAGCCCCCCUCGCCGUGUGCCAGGGCAGAAGUAUACCGCGGGAGACCUGUUUUGCGGAGCAGGCGGCGCAUCGCGAGGGAUCACGCGCGCCGGACUUCAACUCGUCUUCGCGGUGGACAACUGGGGACAUGCCGUUCAUACCUGGAAGAGCAACUUCCCGACACUCCGAAUUUACCACAUGGACGCCGAGGAUUUCAUCGCGGCAGACCACACCAGCCACACCGUCGACAUCCUCCACCUCUCCCCGCCGUGCCAGGUCUGGUCCCCCGCCCACACCGUGGCCGGCAAAAACGACGAAGAAAACAUGAAAGCCCUCUACACCUGCGCCCCCCUCGUCGCGAAGCACAAGCCCCGCGUCUUCACCGUAGAACAAACCUUCGGCCUCACCAACCCCAAAUUCGCAGCCCACUUCCACCAGUUCCUCCGCGAGUUCACCGACCUCGGCUACUCCAUCCGCUGGGGUAUCAUCUCCCUCGAAAACUACGGCGUACCCCAAACCCGCAAACGUCUCACCAUCAUCGGGUCCGCCCCGGGCGAGGCACUGCCGCCCUUCCCCGCGCCCACCCACAACGAACGCGGCACCAACGGCCUCAAACCCUGGGUCACCGCCCGAGCUGCUCUAGACCCGGCCGCCCGACACCGAGAUCACCCGCUCAACCAGCCCACCCGGGCGGCAACCCCCCCGCCUAGACUACCCUGGAACGCCGACGGGUUAGUCAAAACCAUCACGACCAGCGGCGGCAUGAACUACCACUGGUCUGGCACGCGGGAUUUCACACGACUUGAAUAUGCCCUGCUGCAGACCUUCCCCACCUGGCAUCGGUUCGAGGGAGCGUGUGUCAAGAGACAGAUUGGGAACGCGUUUCCGCCUGUGGUGGUCAGGACUCUGUAUGAGCAUCUGGUUGAUUGGUUGCUGGAACAAGAUGGGUUUGGCCGUGAUGCUCGACGGGCGGUCCCGCUUGAUAGCGUCGGUCCGGAGGAUUACAUUAAUCUUGAGGACGGCGCGGCGGAUGGGGACGAUGGCCACGACGACGACAACGAUGAUGAAGCCGUCGUUGUGUUAUCGUCCCGCCCGUCACCUGCUCCCCGUCAGCAGCGGAAUCAACACAGAAGGCGCGUCGGCAGUAACCCCAACAACGGAGCCCCGGUUUCCGGCACCACCAUCGCCAUUACUGCUGCCACAGCUCGAGUCCACAAGAGGACCCGCGUCCCUCCCGCAUCACCAGCACUCGCGCCUCACCGUCUCAGCGAGUCAGUCCGCUUGCUCAACCGCGCUGCAAAGAUGGAAGAGGAUGGGGAUGAUCAUUCUAUGGCGGAUUCGGUCACCAUGGGAGGUAGUUCAAGGGCUCAAUCCCUUGUCAAUAUGAGGGCGACUUCGCCGAAACCCGUGAUUAAGUAUGAAAUUUGCGCCUUGUGUCCCUGA